AGCUGAUACUUCGUGCCCCCGGUGCGCAACUUCAAGUUGAAGCAGCAUGGACGAAAUGAUGACAUCCAGCUCCCAGCAGGUGGCUCAAUGGGCCGAAGAUUCAACUCAAUCCCCUUCUGAUGGACUAUUCUGAAAAGUACUGCGAUGACAUCUAUGAAUACAGGCGAGUGACGGUUCCUCGCAGCAUGGUGCCGCAGCUGCCUUCAGGUCGUAUCAUGGAGGAGCAAGAGUGGCGGCAGCAUGGCAUUACAAUGUCUCGUGGGUGGGAGCACUAUGAUCAUCACCUGCCAGAGGCCAAUGUUCUUCUCUUCCGGCGUGUGCUCGGCACUGACCCGAAGACUGGAAUGAUUCCACCGAACAUGGCGCUUAAGGUGCAGCAAAGAAACCUCUACGUCCAAGAGCUGGAGCAGGCAAGGCAGCGCAUGGUUCAAGAGCAGGCUCGUCGAGAAAUGUCCGUCGGCGGUAUGUUCUGAUGAACGCGAUAAUUAGGUCUGCCGUGCGUUUCACGCACAUGCAUGCCCAUAAGAUGUGAU